AUUCAUUGACCGAUGGAUCUCAAUUGUAUAGAAUUCUUAUCGAUGUUAUAAUUAUAAUGUAGAAUAUGUAAUUAUAAGCCAAGACGGUGGUGAUUUAAUGACCCUUUACUUGAAAUAUUGCAAUUUGUAUCAAUCUAAACAUGAUUCUAAAAUGCAUCAGUGUGUUAACAUGUGCUGUGUGUUUUUUAUACACCUUUUACGUUUUGUGCAAUUUAACAUAUUUUCUAUCGUAUCAUAAAGGAAAUGAAAAAACGACUAUUCUGGAAAAUGAUGACUCUGGUGAAUCUGCAUUAUGGUUAUUAAUCUUAAAUAUGUCUUUAUUGAGUAUAUUCAUAGUGCAACAUACGCUCAUGGCCAGUGAUUUUGUGAAACACUUGUUUUGUAAAGUGUAUAUAGAUUAUAUGGGGAGAAGUGUGUAUAAUGUUGCUAGUGCUAUGGCUCUGCAUUUGCUGCUGAAUCAGUGGCAAAUUAUUCCAUCCAUUUCAUUAUGGAAACUUGAUACAUCUUCCAAUAAUGUUCUAUGGUUCAUAUUUACUGCUUUCCAUGUUUUGGGUUGGUCAAUAAUUUACAGUGGAUGUUUAAUGAUGGAUAUAGCUGAGUUAACUGGACUGAAAGAAAUAUACUACAAAUUUUCAUCCAGACCAAGUCCUGUUGCAAUGAAGUCCAAGGAAUUAUUGCGUUAUUACUCUCACAUGAGACAUCCAAGUUUUACAGGCUUCAUCAUUAUUUUAUGGAUAUAUCCUUAUAUGACAUUAGACAGGAUACUGUUGGCUUCAAUACUCACAGUUUACAUGGCUUUGAUGUGGACCAUUGACAAAGAAGAUUGUAAUUAUCAUGCUAGUCUAAUUAGAAUGAAAGAAAGAGAAUUAUUUUGA